AUUACAGUAAGCCUCUUUUUAACAGUAAGCUAGGUUUAUUUUCUGCAAAGGCUGAGUAGUUGUGUAAAUUCAUUAACUAAAAGACCAAAACCUUUUCAAAAAUGGUUGUUAAUUUAACUCUGACUUUAACUUCAAAAUGUUUGUUAACUCCUACGCCCUAGCAAAAAGGAGACUCCUCUUUAGUGGACUAGUGGAUAGAUAGUGAUGACCAUCUAAAUCCUACUACACUACAUUAUAUAGUACUAUACUUCACUAUACAAUACCGUACUACACUUUACUGUACAGUACUACAUUACACUACACAGUACUACACUAUACUAUACAGUACUAUAGUACUCUAUACUAUACAGUACUACACUAUACUAUACUGUACUAUACUGUACAGUACUCCAUUACACUACACAGUACUACACUAUACUAUACAGUACUAUAGUACUCUAUACUAUACAGUACUACACUAUACUAUACUGUACUAUACUGUACAGUACUCCAUUACACUAUACAGUACUAUACUAUACUUCACUAUACUAUACAGUACUACAUUACACUACACAGUACUAUACUAUACAGUACUACACUAUACUAUACAGUACUAUACUAUGCUAUGCUAGGCUAUGUGAGUGCAUUGCAAAUGCACACUAUUAGCCGGCCUGAUUCAAAACCUUACGUAGAAAUUUCAGACAAAUACAUAUUACAUUUCCUUAAACAAAUUAGGCCUAAAAUACUACUACUGCUUCUGAAUUAAGAAGGAACUGAAAGGAAGAGUAUAGAAAGGUUAAUGCAUGUCAGAUUUUUUUUUUAUUUGAAACUUUUGUUCACUCAGAGAAACAAUUACACAAUAGGAACACUAAGUCAUGUAUAUGGAACAAUGGCCAAUAAAACUGACACAAGUGUGAGAGUAAGUUGUUAUUAUUAUUUUUAUUUUUUAUUUUUUUGCUGACAUCUGCUGUCGGCAAAAUCCUGCCCUUUGAAAGUGUUGUUCUAGAUAAAGCAUGUCCAAACAUGCACCAGCCUUUCAGCAGGGUUAUGAAGGUUGCUGGGGCAGACAACCAGUUGCUGAGUCCUGAGGGAACUCCUGAGUAAGCACGGCCCCUGUGUUCAUAAACACACAUCAUGAGAAAACAUGUCACCUUUCUUUGGAGAGUUGUGAAUCAUUAGAGCAGGCCACAUGCUGAGAAAGCAAGGACGCAUUAGUGGGCUCCACUGCAUCCAAUUCUCUAGGGUGUCCCAGGGCAAUAGGCUAGAUUUGUCACGCUGUCUGUUAAACAUUGUAGCUCACCUGGUCAAUUAUAUCCAGUUAUUCUUCUGGUAGUAACAUCCUGUGCUCAGCUGAGUUACUGCAUUUCCAUACAACUUCAAAAGGAACUCCAUGACUGCCGGGUGUGCGCAAGACAGGGUGGGAAAAGAUUCUGUGUGUGUGUGUGUGUGUGUUGUGUGUGUGUGGGGGUGUGUGUGUGUGUGUGUGCAUGUAUGAAUGAAUGCAUUUUGGACUUGCUGUUAAGGAGCAAGAAGUGGAGGUGGGUGCAGCUUUCAUGGCUCAGGAAAAGAAGAGAAAAAAGACAGCAGGAGUGCGUCCUCCAGAUGGUGGCUGGGGCUGGAUGAUUGUGGCCGGCUGUUUCAUGGUCACUGUCUGCACUCGUGCUGUAACAAGAUGCAUCUCCAUCUUUUUUGUCGAAUUUCAAAUGCACUUUGCACAUGAUUACUCUGGGACUGCAUGGAUCCACUCGUUAGUAGACUGCACCACCAUGCUGUGUGCUCCUCUGGGCAGCCUGAUUGGGAAUCAGCUUUCAUGUCGUGUCGCUGUGAUACUUGGAGGAUUCCUGGCCUCUACUGGAAUGGUGCUUAGCUCUUUUGCCACCAGUUUAGAGUAUCUCUACCUCUCUCUAGGUGUCUUAACUGGACUUGGCUUUGCUCUCUGUUACACACCAGCCAUCAUUAUGGUUGGCGUUUAUUUCUGCGAGAGGAAGGCUUUUGCUUACGGCAUUGCUAUGUCUGGCAGUGGCAUCGGCACGUUCGUGCUGGCUCCUGUGGUGCAGCUACUGAUUGAACACUACUCUUGGCGGGGUGCUCUGCUUAUCCUGGGAGGCUUGGUGGCCAACCUGUGUGUGUGUGGAGCUCUGCUACGGCCCAUCACUCUCAAAGAAGAGGAAGCCUUGCCCCUGCCAGUGGAUUCUGAGUGUGGAUACAGUUCAACACCUCUCACAUCUGAUCAGAAAGAGAUGAACAACAAAGAGCAGAAACACAGCAAGCAACGCUGCAUGCACUUCUUGCAGGACUACCAUUUCCUGCUUAUGCCCGACUUCCUGGUCUUGGCAGGCUCCUUCCUGUUCCUGGCCAGCGGCUGCAGCCUGCCAUUUGUGUACUUGGUGCCCUACGCCCUAGACGCAGGUGUCAGUCACCAUCAUGCUGCCUUUCUUAUGUCUAUUUUAGGUGUCAUUGACAUUGUGGGCAACAUCACCUUUGGCUGGCUCACAGACAGAAGGUGCCUGAAGAAGUACAGGACCAUUUGUUACAUGGCUGCUGUGGGGAUGGAGGGUCUCUGCUGCCUCCUCAUCCCUCUCCUACGUACAUUCACUCUGCUAGUGCCCUUCUCAGUGCUCUAUGGCUAUUUUGAUGGUGCCUAUGUGGCCCUUAUUCCUGUGGUGACAUCAGAUGUAGUGGGGACAGCAUGCCUGUCAUCUGCACUUGGUGUUGUGUACUUCCUGCAUGCUAUUCCAUACCUGCUUAGUCCCCCUAUUGGAGGCUGGUUGGUGGACACCACCGGCACCUAUACAGCGACGUUCUUUCUCAGUGGUUUUGCGCUCAUCUCCAGUGCUCUCCUGCUGUGCAUCCUCACCAUGGUCCGCCACUGCCAGAGAAUUCAGAAGAACUCACUAAGCAAAGUGUCCACAUCAGAAGCAUGUGAAACCAAACAGGUGGAGUUUUAUACUGCAAAAGUCUUAUAGUGUUGGACCUAUCAUUUACUGUAAAUGAUCUGUUAGCUUUUGUUUUUGUACAAGGUACAUGUUAAGUACUUGGUCGGGAGGAAAAAACCCAUUUGUAGCAUUACCAGCACAUUUUCACAGUCUCCAAUUCCAUUAAUGUGCCUUUUCUAUCUGGCAAACUUUCUGUUGAAAAGCAUUUCAUUCUUAGAUUGUGAAUGAAAAGUUGGAAACAGAAAAGGUGAGUUAGAGUUGGUGCAUAUUGCAUCGUUUUUUGUUGUUUUUUUUUUUAUAUAAAGUGUUCGUUCAAAAGUGUCAUAUAACUUGAGUGUGUUCCAUUUUACACUAGUAUUACUGUACUGUAGUAAAAAAGAAAAAAAAAAGAAAAAAAAAAAAAGAAGUAUAUUUUCUUAUGAACAGAAUUGUGCAAGACUUCCUGAAGUAGGCAAGACCAGGAUUUGUUAACAUGAUUCGGCUUGGAAAAGAAAUGAGUGCCACAAGAGGGCAGUGCUGAUUUAACUCACUACAAUCUUGGAUGAUUGUUGGAAGCUGCCAUGUUGUCACACAAUGUUUAUAUCAAGUACAAUGACAUUAAAAUAGGUUUUAGUGACCUUUUUAUAAGCUAGUUUUACAUAUCAUCUUUAUUUUAUGAGAGAAUAAAGAGUUACAAAGUCUUUUACAAUAAACCUGUUUCAAACUAAAUUAUGAUUAAUAAAAGCUUAGCCCAGUGAAACAAAUCUUCUGUACUGAUCCAAUGCUGUUAUCUUGAAUGAACAUUUAUUUCUGUUAAAGUAAUAAAGUGUACAUGUUUAA